GGCAGAGAAGAGAACGGAGGAAACAAACAAACAAACAAUCAAUCAGAGAGAGAGAGAGAGCUAUGGCGUCGUCACGAAGCAGUAGGUUAGCGACAACACUUCUCUCCUCGAUCUCCCGCGGAUCGGGACGUACCGCGAGAACCGGGGGAGCAUUGCUCAGCCGCCGCCGGAUGAUCUCCUCUGCUUCGUCGUCGUCGUCCGCUGCUGCUGCCGUUGUGGCGGAUGAUGAAUCGGGAGGGAUCUACGGGUUGGGAGGUGCGUUGAAGGAGUACGUAGAUUACAGGAGAUCUCUCUACGGCGAGUUCACUCACAAGGCGUUGCUCGUUGACGCCGUUGGUACUCUCCUCGUUCCCGCCCAACCUACGGCUCAGAUAUACAAGAACAUUGGAGAGAAGUAUGGAGUUGAGUACUCGGAGGCUGAGAUACUUACUAGAUACAGACGAGCUUAUCAGAAACCAUGGGGCCAAUCUCAUCUCAGGUAUGUGAACGACGCGAGACCUUUCUGGCAAUAUAUAGUUAGUGCAUCAACAGGCUGUUCGAAUUCUCAGUACUUUGAGGAGCUUUACGACUAUUUUACUACAGAACAGGCGUGGAAGCUAUGUGAUCCAGAGGCAGAGAAAGUGUUCAAGGCUUUCAAAGACGCGGGUGUAAAAGUUGCCAUUGUCUCCAACUUCGACACUCGGUUAAGACCUCUCCUACGAGCACUGAGAUGUGAAGACUGGUUCGAUGCUGUGGCUGUUUCAGCAGAAGUUGAAGCGGAGAAGCCAAACCCGACCAUCUUCUUGAAAGCUUGUGAGUUGUUAGGUGUGAAUCCUGAGGAUGCGGUUCAUGUAGGAGAUGACCGUAGGAAUGAUUUAUGGGGCGCUAGAGAUGCAGGCUGUGACGCUUGGCUUUGGGGAAGUGAAGUUACUUCUUUUAAACAGGUUGCUCAGCGGAUAGGAGUCAAGGUCUGAAGCGAAGCAUAUGAGAGAAAUGGUUCGGGCAUGUUCAGGCUUUCAGUUUUAGCUCUCUUUUUUUUUUUGUGUGAGCAGCUUUGUAUAUUUGGUUUCUCUUUUGUAGUAUAUUGUGUGUGAUAUAUGUAAAAAAAAAAGACCAUAAAUAAAUGUAUAAUUAGAGAUCAAUAAAGCUUCAUGAUCGUUUUGGACC